AUGUCGCGGACUUAUGUACUUUUUGCGGUGUUAGCUCUGUUUGUAGCAGUGGGGGUCCCGGCGAUUAUAACGAAUGCGGAAGAAGACGAUGGGCUCGAAAAAAUGAAGGGAAACUGGAGCAUUUUUUGGCUUGCGGGACAACGUCCACGGCGAACGGGAUUUGUGGCUGAACUGUCAGCUGCGUCUCUUGUGUUGCGUGAAGAGGAAGAUGCGUCGAGUGCGGUGAUUGCAGUUGCGGAGUCGCUCCUGCGUUUUUUGCGUCUGUUGGGGACGCAAGAUGACGUUCAAGGGUCAUCGUCUGUUCCUGCUGCGUGGCUGUUGGGCCUUCCGCGAGUUGUGAAUGCGCGGGUGAGUCGUGAGGGUGUUCACCUCACGGACUGCCCCAAGGUGGGAGUCACCUUUGCACGGCCUCAGCAUUACAUGGAGGCGGGACUUGGUACUGUUUUUGAAGCGCCGCAGACGGUGCACCUUCCUGUCGAUGGGACGUGUGCGCAAGCCCCUUUUACCGUACGGGGGUAUUGGUUGGAACGGCUAAGCAAAGAUGAAAUUCUCAUGGUGAUAAUGGUGCGUGUCGACGGCGAGGACAACAGCGCUGUCUUUCACCUUUGCCGACGAUUGGAGGAGGGGACUGGUGUACGGUCGUCCAUCACUUCGGCAGCAUUACUCGUAACGGUCGCGCUGAUAAGAUUUUUUCCGUCCGUGUUUUGGAGGAGGAAAGGAGGAACUGCGAGCGCCACAAGAAUUACUCCAAAUCCUCUUCGGCCUGCUCUUUCUGAGCUUCGUCGACGUGAACUUUUACGGCGACAGGAGGAGAUUAUUCGACGCAUGAAGGAAGAAGAUGGAAGAAGUUGA